CGACGCGCCGAUUGACAGCGCUGAUUUCCUGGGGGGUCCCCACUACUGACGACCGACAAUUUGGUUUGUCGACAUCUUAAGAGCAAAUAGACCGCUACGGACUGGCCAAUACCGAUUGGUAUUGAGCUAUUGUGAUUCUUUUGCCGGAAUACCUGCCGAAUAAGUGUGAAUACUAGACACUUUCGAAAAGGCCGCCGGGAUCCAUAAUAUUGAAACCUGGAGCACCCAGUCUAGUCUAGACAUAUCUCUAGCUGGUCCUAGCAGAGAAUCCAGUGCCGCAAACACUCCAACUCUCAGAACCGAUUUCAUCAUGCCUCGGAAAUCAGAACAGGGCGCAGCAGCGGCCGCUGCGCGAAAGAGCGAUCAAUCAUCGGCCAAAUUUGCCCUCAUCGAGGAGCCGAGCGCGAAGGACGCAGAGUCCGGAUCGGCGGCGGAGGCGACCCCCGAUGCGACCACCACUACCACAAACACAUCACCAGCCGCUGCCAAGGCCACGCCGCAUGCGGAAAGGACGACGACGUCAAAGUCCCCAGUGGCCGUGACAAAGAGCAGCAAGGCUGCUGCGGUGGCGACGGGGGGUUCAGCAUCGGGUUCUGCGGGGGCCAGUGCCGCAGCGCCGGCUGCCAAGGAGGGCGGUGGCGGUGGUCAUCCGCAGACUUCUGUCAAGGAUGCGGUCUCUAUUGAGGACCUCGCUCUACCAAAAUCAAUUAUCACACGUCUGGCCAAGGGUGUGCUGCCGUCCAAUACACAGAUUCAGGCCAAUGCAGUCCUGGCAAUGACCAAGAGCGCCACGGUGUUUAUCAGCCAUCUGGCGGCGGCCGCCAACGAGAUCACAGAGGCCCAGAACAAAAAGACAAUAAUGCCACAGGACGUCCUCAAGGCGCUUGACGACAUUGAGUUUGGCUUCAUGAAGGGCCAACUGGAAGCCGAGUUCGAAAAGUUCAACACAACACAAAGCACGAAGCGCUCGUCAUACAGGAAAAAAGUGGCAGCGGCAAAAAAGGCGGGUGGGCCGGAAGGCGAUACUUCAAUGGUGAGCGCCGCAGGGGACGGCACAGCGGACGAGGGCGACACCACGAUGGCCAGCACGCGCGGCGAGGGUGCUGCUGCCGCGGCAGAGAAUGGCGGGUCGCCGCCGCGAUCAAAGAAGCAAAAGAUCGCAGCUGCCGGGGCUGGCGCUGCGGUCGUUGGCGGAGCGGCUGCUGCUGCUGCGUCAUCAAAGAUGGAUGUCGAUGACGAGGCUGAGGACGCCAAAGAUGGAUCCGCAGCGGAGGAGGAGCAGGAUGAAGAGGAAGAGGACAACGAGGAGGAUGAGGAAGAUGAAGAGCAAGAAGAGGAGGAGGAGGAAGAAGAGGACGAGCAAGAAGGGGAUGACAAAGAUGAUGGUGGAUCCGAUGCACCGGAAGAGGAAGAUGAAGCUCUCGACGACGGCAAUGACAGCGAGUAGGUACUGGCAGCCCUAAUGUGCAGUAUGGAAAUCAAGUCAAGUAUAACUACAAACCUUGGCGGCUCUUCACAGAAUUUCUCUGGCAAUUAUAUCAUCGUGACCU